ACUGCUGAGUCUUCUCCACCAUGGAACUGCAGCUAAAUACAGAAUCAAAAAUCUUGUUGAAUGGAAGAGAAAACUCAAAGCCGCUACCUAUUGAUCUCGUUAUGGAAAUACUCUCGAGACUGCCUGUAAAGUCUAUAGGGAGAUGUCUUUGCGUAUCGAAGCUGUGGGCCUCCAUACUUCGCCUUCCUUAUUUCACGACGUUGUUCGCCACUAGAUCUUCAGUUCGGCCUCAUAUGUUGUUGGCCUACGGUGAAAAAGGCCAGGUCUUAUUUUUCUCGUCACCUCAACUUAAAAAUCCUAAUGAGAACGCGUCGUUAACAGCCAAUUAUCUUUCGCGUGUCCCCUAUGGUGGUUCUUCCUUUCACAUUAGUGAUCCUGUCCAUGGGUUGGUCUGUCUUACAUAUAUAGAUAAGGAGAUCUUAAAGGAACAUAUAAUAUGUAACCCUAGCACGGGACAAACUUUAACCUUACCCAAAGUGAAGACAACAAUGGUUGGGGUGAGAAGCAUUUUUAAGUUGGUAAGCUUUUUGGGGUAUGUUUCCAUUGAUAAACAAUUCAAGGUAUUGUCCAUGGAAUGGAACUCAGACCAUUAUAUUCUUGGUCCGCAGCAUCAAAUUCUGACAUUAGGAACUCAGAAACUUGAAUGGAGACUGACCAAGUGUUGCAUGCCCCAUUCUUUUUGUCCUAAAGGGAUAUGCAUUAAUGGUGUUUUGUAUUAUCGAGCUUUCUAUGCGUAUACAGGAAUUUCUGUGAUAGUUUGCUUUGACUUUAAGUCCGAGGAGUUCAGUUAUAUAGAAGUGGUAAAGACUUUCGAGACAUUAAUAUCUGACGGACCUCUGAUAAACUACAAUGGCAAGUUAGGCUCACUUAUCUUCGAAGGGCAUCCCUGGGGUGAUAAAGCAAGAAGUUUUGAAUUGCUGGUUAUAGGAGAUUUAGAAAAGCAGGAGUGGUCAACACACAAAUACAUGUUGCCUCCUACGUGGAAGAAUGUGGUUGGAGAAGGCAUGUUAGGCUUUGCUGGAUUUUUUGGUACAAAUACAAUCGUGUUGUCGCGCCAUUCCUACGUUAUUUACUACAAUAUCGAGAAAAAUACUAUCGUAAAAGUUGGAAUCCAAGGGGUGGAAGCAUUUAAGUGUUUCGACUGUUCCAUCUUUCUAGACCAUGUAGAGGGCCUAAAGCUUGUGCAAGAGUUUUAAUUAAGAUAACAAAUCUUGUUUGGCUUGUGAUGAUGGGACCUUUAAAAUUAGUCCUU